CCUCUCCUCUCCUCUCCUCUCCUCAAGGCUGUGCUCGACAGCUGGACUGAAUUCUCCUCUUCUGUUUCGUCUCUGCUGCACUUUUCAAACAUCUGUUCUGUGUCUGCUGCUGCUCUGUCUUAUCAAUUACGUCUCGUGUUUUAUUCCAUUCUAGCCGCAGUGCCUGUUCCCCCUUGGGAGUUGCAAUCCAUCGUGCCGUGCAGAAGGUGGUCUCGAAAGAUUACAGUAUUCCCCCAGCUCACCCCACAGCAUCAAUUCUUGCACCGUCAAUUCUCCAGGAGAUCCUACUCUUCCCACCCCCAGCUCAAGCCAACCCGUUGGCAGCAUCAUGGCAUCUGAGAUGCCGCUCCCAGUGCACAUCUCCCCAUAUGGCCCGCCUGCACAAGGCACCGGCAACGGCUCCGGCGGCCAGCCUUACCUCCCUCAACCCGAACAUUCCCAAGGAAGCCAGGAAGGUCAGACAACGAACCCAUAUCCUCAGUAUUCCUACGAUAUCCGACUCCGUUAUCCCCAAGAUACCACUCGUUCCUACCCUCCCCCACCAUCUCAGCAGCAAGGCCCACAGCUGCCGCCUAUGUCUGUCCCUGGGCAAAAUAAUGGGGACUAUGCUGCUCAGAGCAUGACCAUGGAUACUACGGGACAAAUUGCACCCGUUGGAGCCAAACCUCGAGUUACGGCUACGUUGUGGGAAGACGAAGGAACAUUGUGCUUUCAAGUCGAUGUCAAGGGAACCUGUGUUGCUAGACGAGAAGAUAACCACAUGAUCAAUGGAACCAAGCUCCUGAACGUAGCGGGCAUGACUCGCGGCAGGCGAGAUGGAAUUUUGAAAAGCGAGAAACAAAAACAUGUAGUUAAGAUCGGACCCAUGCACUUGAAAGGCGUCUGGAUCCCAUUCGAACGAGCUCUCGAUUUCGCUAACAAAGAGAAAAUCACCGAGAUGUUGUACCCCCUCUUCGUGCACAACAUUGGAGCCUUACUUUACCAUCCUAUCAAUAAAGGCUAUGCAGCGGCCGCCCAAAUCCCCAGAAGCCAGGGGUUACCACCGCCGAACAUGUCGGGGACGGGUGGUCAAGGUCCCGUGCCCGCUGGCCAGAGGUAUGAAUACGAUCAGUUUUGACAUGCUUGUUUAGAGGUUCAUAGUUGUUGAUGAGUGCUGAUAGAGCAACGGACAGGAUGGAAGGGUAUUGAUAUUCUUAAGCUGAAUGGAUGGUUGUGUGGCGUGGAGGUGUCACCCGCGACGAUGGAUAUGAUGCCUCCGUGGUGCGGGAGUUUGCUUGGAAUUUCAAGCUAGGUCUCCUUGAUGAUUGAUGUCUUGCUUUAGGUGUCUUUGAACUGGUGGAUCUCCGAAACAGCGAGGGAAUGGCGCAAAAUAUGUGGGAAUGGAUACCUUUUUCUUUCUUGACGGCAGCGCUUUGUCAUGGGACAUGAAUAUCAAUCUCAAAAUACCAUGAAAACACUGAUGC